GGAGGUUGGAUGGAUAACGUAUAUCUAUACUCCGCCCCUCCUCUUCCAGCGGAGUGUUGCAUCCCCCGCACCUGCGUCGCCUUCUGUCCCUCUUCGUCAUGGUUCAUAUGCAUUCCCUAGCAGUGCUCUGCGCCGCCAUAGUGGGCAUGAGCAGAGCAGCUGCCCUAGGUUCCGCCCAAGAAUAUGCUGACGGCUCCGUCCACGCUCGCAUAAUGGGGAUGAAAAUGGCACAAUGGGACGCAGAGCUUGCAUCCGGUCAGAUGGAUAGCUCGAAAUACCCUGAGCUUGGCUACGCACCUUGCGAAAAUGGGUUUGCGGCCGCGAUUCGCGGAGAUUCCAAUAAUACCUUCAAGUGCAACAACAUUGAUCUGUACCACUUCCUCUCGCACGCUGAUCUUGGCAGCAACAAGGCUCGAGGUUCAUCUUCUUGGGGUUGGACCUCGAAGGACGGAAGGGAGUUCGUCGCUAUUGGGCAAUUCGACGGUACUGCAUUCGCGGAAAUUAGCAGCGAGGGCAAGCUGGUAUAUUUAGGUCGACUGCCUCAAUAUGAUCGCAUUGGUUCGAAUUGGAGAGAAAUUCGAGUAGUCGGAGAUUACGCCAUCAUUGGGUCUGAGGCGAUCAACAGUGGUGUCCAGAUCUUUGAUCUAAAAAAACUACUCGACCUCGACCCGAAGAAGCCUACAAACUUUACCCAGGAUGAUCUAACUGGCCACUGGAACGAGCUGCCUGUGGGGCGGACACACAACAUCGUGGUGAACGAGGAGCUAAACUAUGCGAUUGCUGUGGGUUCGGUCGGUGGAAAUGAAACAAUCAGGGUAAGGGGAGACCUACCCUGCCGUGGUGGACUGAUCUUCAUCAACAUUACCGACCCUGCGAAUCCUACCAGCCCCGGCUGUGCAGCUGGCGAUGGCUAUGUACACGAUGCUCAGUGCCUCGUCUACCGUGGCCCAGAUACUCGGUAUCAAGGACGCGAUAUUUGCUACGCCUACAACGAAGACACUCUUACGAUCUACGAUGUCACAAACAAGGUUGGCAAUGUUACUAACAUCAUCUCGAUAACCAGCUACCCUGGAGCUGAAUACGUGCAUCAGGGCGUGGUUAACAACGAAACAUGGCAAGAGUACAUCUUCCUCGACGAUGAGUUUGACGAGCGCGAUGCCCGUGUCGGCCCCAUGACACAGGGCCUACCCACAACGCACAUCUUCGAUAUUCGAGAUCUGGAAAACCCGUUCUAUAGCGGCAACUACGAGGGAAAGAGACGCGCAAUUGAUCACAACCAGUACAUCACCGACGGCUACUCGUAUCAAUCAAACUAUGGCGCAGGCCUCACGGUCCUUGACAUCAGGAGCAUAACGGAAGAUCCGAGCGGAAACAGUAUCUGCGAGGCGGGUUUCUUCGACAUCUACCCCGAGGACGAUGAUAAGGAGGGAGGAGGCACUGUGGCGUUUCUGGGAUCCUGGUCGUCCUAUGCGAAUUUCAAGAGCGGGUUCAUUUUCGUCCACACCAUUGAGCGUGGCUCGUUUGUCGUCAAAAUGACUAGCAAGGAGUGCCCCAAGCCAGCGGUUUGUGAAGCAGAUAGCUGUCUACGGUCACUGCGCACUGCGAACGUCAAAGGCCGCCUUGAAGAGAGCCAGGCGUUUUGCGGAAACUUUACAGUCAGGCAGGUCGAUGACCAGCGUGCUAUCCCGGACUAUGCGCGAGCGGGGUGUGUUGGGAAUUCGACGGACGUUAUUGCGAGGGUUAGCAGUGCUUGCGCUUGUGUGCCUACGAGAGCGGUUCCCGAGCUGCCGAGGACUACAAGUAGGCCGCCUGUUCCUACUGUGCUUCCACCGAAGAUGAAGUAGGAGAGGGCAAUGAGUUCAAGCCUAGAUGUCUUUAGAGGUACGUUCAUUUGCGGGAAAUGGAUGUAUUAUAUGAAGAAAAUAUCCCCAACGCCCAAGAAACAUGUUUUAAAGAAUGAAAGAACGGUAGAACCAGUACAUCACGCAAAUGGAAAUGAGUGUGGCGCUUCUCUUUAGGAGAUCUUUGAUUCUGGAAAGGCCUGGUUCUCUCCGUCGUAGUGAAACAAGACUAAGAGACUUGUCGAAUAGCCAAAUGUAUCAGCGCAUAUGAUGGCUAGUGGAAGCGUUAUAAUGUGUUCAUAGUCGUGUAUAGAAGAUGGAGGAAGCGGUCCUGGAGUAGCGGCUCUGGAAGCGGCUAGCGCCAUUAGCCACCAGUGGCUUGUUUUGACAUUUUUAGAGCGACGUCAUUGUAUU